AUGAGUUGUCAAGCAUUUACUUCAUCUGACACCUUUGUACCCUUGAAUUCGGACUCUUCUGCUGCUCUGCCACUGAUGAUGCAUCAUAGUGCUGCAGAGUGCUUGCCAGUCUCCAGCCAUGCCACUAAUGUCGUGUCUACAGUCCCGUCUGUUUUGUCUUUGAUCCAAACUCCUAAAUCUUCCCAUUUAUGCUUCUCCAUGACGACUUUGGGAAACACACCGGCAGGUCUUCAUUAUUCAGUCCCUUCUUGUCAUUAUGGAAACCAACAGGCUACCUAUGGAGUGAUGGCAGGUAGCCUGACUCCUUGCCUUUAUAAAUUCCCUGAACAUGCCCUGAGUGCCAGUUCCUGUGCUCUGAGCCAUGGCUUCACACCCAUGCACCAGACUAUUCUUGGAGAUGAUCCAACCACUACUGACUUCAAGCAGGAAUUCCGUAGAAAACCCAAAACUGUUGAAGAGCCAAUAGAUAUGGAUUCCCCUGAAAUCAGGGAACUGGAGAAGUUUGCCAAUGAGUUCAAACUCAGGAGAAUUAAACUGGGCUAUACACAAACAAAUGUUGGAGAAGCCCUGGCUGCUGUGCAUGGCUCUGAAUUCAGUCAAACGACUAUCUGCCGAUUUGAAAAUUUGCAGCUGAGCUUCAAGAAUGCCUGCAAACUGAAAUCAAUACUGUCCAAGUGGCUGGAGGAAGCAGAACAAGUAGGAGCUUUGUACAAUGAAAAGGUCGGAGUGAAUGAGCGAAAAAGGAAGCGCAGAACUACCAUAAGCAUUGCUGCAAAAGAAGCUCUAGAGAGACACUUUGGAGAACAAAGUAAACCUUCUUCUCAAGAGAUCAUGAGGAUGGCUGAAGGGCUCAAUCUGGAGAAGGAAGUUGUCAGAGUUUGGUUUUGCAAUCGACGACAAAGGGAAAAAAGAGUGAAGACAAGCUUACACCAGAACACCUUUAACGCUAUUAUCAAGGAACAUCAUGAGUGCCGGUAAAGCUUCCUUGUGCAUAGUUACUGAUUGGGGGAGAAGGGUCUCUAGGAUUUUUAAAUUAUUAUUUUUUAAAGAAAUACUUUGUUAUCUGAAAAAUGGAGCGGCAAACCAUUUGAUCCCUUUAAAAAUCAGUACAUUUCAGCUAUAAAAUACAGUUGUUGCUUUUAGUGGGUUAAAAGGAUGAAAAUAUUUUUAAGGCACUGUAUGCAUUUGUGGAUGGGAAGCCAUUGCUUAGUCAGAAGUAAUUAAAUAGGUAUGAUUUGGUUAUAAAUGUCUGACAAACUGCACAAUAAGUACUUUUUAUGUACUGUCUUUCUGUAGUAAUACUGACUGGUUAAUAUUUAUUUUAAAUUUGAAGCUCUGGAACCAAAACCUUUGUAUUAAAUACAAGAAGAGGUUACUUACUG